AUGGUAAGCGUUGUCCCGCUCCUUAUUCUACUUCAUUUGGAUAUGUCUAGAGCCUAUACAUAGUUUUAUAUUGUCACUUAUUUGCUUCAGUCGGUUUUAAAAUAGUGUCGAAAUGUCCACACUACAAGUGCUGACCAACUUAGUGACCUUAUUGAUACGUGCCAUGUUUCCAUUGUACCAACCUCUGUCUGGCCCUACUAUCAGAUCAAAGUUGCGGGUUUGUGUGCGGCCAGUGGGCACAGCCUGCCCACGAUUCUCAGCAGUUCUACCACAUCGUCACUGACGCCAGUCACGCCAAGGGACUACUGGGCGAAUUGUGCCUCUAGAGGCCUCUAACGGUGUAGUCACCCAGGUAAAGAGCUAUCUGCGGACUAACUGUAUGACCUAGUCCUGAGCGACUAAGAUGUUGUUUUGGAUGGAAGACAACUAACUUAAUUGACGGUAUUGCACGUGAUUCAUUUUUCUUGCAUUGUCAAAAGCAGUUUGAACGUGGGGUAGCUACACGACUUCCACAGAUGAGUAUUUUAAGUGGUUACCAAGUCAUAGAACAGGUUAUCUAAAGGGAUCGCAUACAUAAAAUGCGGAUUAUUCUGGAUGCCUCUUGUUUUUUUUAUAGUUGGGGUUAUGUUGCCCACUGUAAUGUGUCAGCAUAGUUAAGAAAUUUUCACUCCACAAUUCGGUAACCCCGUUCGUUCACCUUAACAAGUUUCUCAUUUACACUGGGUUGUCCGUUCGCCUUUGGUUCUGAUUGCCUUCUGGGUGAAAAGUAGCCCUACUAAAACACCAAUUAACAGUGACAUCCUCUAUCGUCAGUUAUGAUCCUUGGAAUUGUUUUGCCCUUAAAAAGGAGUUCAAGGCCUGCUCGUCCUUUGAGCUCGUUAAGGGCGCCACACAAUGCUUGUUCCACUUGUUGCGGAAAAAUUGUUAUUUAAUCUCAAAUUAACGUAUUCGUGCAUGCUCUCCCUAAGAGCUCCACUAAAAAUCCCUUCUUCACGUACGUUUCCGUGCAGUGCGGUGCACAUUCACGAUUGAACUCUAUUCGUUGUUGAUCUUGAUCAUAACAUUAACGGCAGGCGUUAACUCGUCCAUUGAUUUAUCGUUCAGUCAUACACUUAGGGUGCCAAUUGUACUGGCAUUUUUUUGCUUCUUACCCGCUCAGUGCUCUAGUCUGCGUGCUAACAUCGCAACACUUGUCUCUCAUGUGUCCAGUUCCGCUUAGGUUUGAAAUUUAGUAAUUGGUGUCGUUUAUGCAUACUUUAAUGUGCUUUCUGCAAUUUCGAACUUUUGACCAUGCGUGGCAGCAAGACCACCGUUUGGACACUAAAUACUUUAGAGUUCAGAAACUUUAGCUACUACGUUGGCUUUCCCAUCUAGGUGUUUGGCAUUUUAAUGCAGAAGUUCUGUUUACGUGGUAAACGGGUGUCUUGUCCUAGUAAGCCGACAAUGGUAUUGGCAGUUACUAUGUGCUUUUUAUUGUUCUGAGCGUUAUGUGACCAUGUCUGGCCUAAUUGUCCUCGAGGAUCUCACAGAUAGCACUUCUCCGUGCGCAACAACCAACGGCAGCGAACUUGGAAAGCAUGACCCACUCUUUUUGCUUGACAGCAAAAUACCGAGGGCCCAAGAGUCGCCUUUGUGUCUUGAUAGGCCGCCAUACCAGAUUUCCAAUUCGUCUUCAUAGACUCCAGUUAGCAUCGUUAUAAUAAGGACAUCAACACUGAACUCUUGCAAGGGCGACUAGAAACGUUCUCGUUUUUCUUGCGUGGUUUGAGAUAUCCACUCAAUGUUGUUACUUCAAGCGAGGAUUGUUUUAUUCGAAACGAGGUCGGUGUACCUCAAUCGGGAAAAUGUGCUCUCAGACAACUAUGCCUGUAGACCCUCAGUUUCUGUUCAUUUUCCACACUCAGCCCGUCAUUCACAAUUGCGGGGUUGUGGUGGCAGUAUUUGUCAUAGCUGAUUCCGCCGAUUCCAUGUUGCGUAGUCCGUAUCUCGUAUGAUCACUCGUUGCAGUCGAUCUCAAACUCCUAAUUGAAGCUUAACUAAUUCCCAAUCCAAACUGAAAGACCACAAGCCAGCCCCUACGACCUCAACCCUCGUUUCUAUUUGGCCACAUCGACGUCAUUGCCAGCUAGAGUCGGCUACGGGCAAAAUGUCGCCCCGGACGAUAUUGUCUACAGGUUGAUGCGACGUGUGGCCAAUCUUUCCCAGUAUGCUUAUGAGGAUGACGUAAUUGACGGGCUGAGUUCCUGACGGACUAUACAGUCGGUGGUUAGAAACGCGAUUUAAAAGCCAAAUUCAAUGAAUAGAGUGCAAUUACAGUCGACCAAAUACACCCAUUCAAGUUAGACUUUCUGGACUCAUGGACCAUGCACUACACAAAAAACGUCGUUCGAAGGAAACCCGCGUACUUACAGCUUUGUCUCCAAACUGACUUUACAUUGGUACCGGAGGUUUCGAUGCAGACGCACAAGGGCCCUGCUCACCUGACUGAUCCGGUGUUUGGUUUCCUACUUAGCUUUUCCGUCUGCCAAACGGUUCUACCCAGAGUAACCACUGUCUGCUCACCCAGAGAUCUCGUAGUUUAAUAUGGCCGGGACUGUUUUCAGAUAUGAAAGCCCGGGGCGACCAUCGUUGCUUUGGAGGGGCUGGUUUCUAAACUCAAUUCGACUGCCUUUGCGCCUACGGGAGAAAUAGUACGUUGUACUUCCACAAAAGACCGUGCCAGCAUCAUGUCACCGGCGCACUCCAGAUUCAUGAUUUACGAACCUUGACAUGCCUCAACCCCGGAAUAGUGUACCAACGGCUGCUGAUGAAUCCAGCUUAUCACGUAGUUGAGCAGAGUUGGCAGGAAAAUAGCCUCGACGCCGCAGCAGAAACCAGGGUUAAUUCCUUCUUUGAUGGCAUGCCAUCAUGCAGCGUGAUAGACAACAGGAAACUUCGAUAGACAAUUAAAUUUGGCGACAAAAUCCGCGAAACAGACAAGUGUGCUGUUAGCAGCGGUGUUCUGAGGUUUGGCAGGUUGAACAGCGCUCACCAGUCCAGGAAGACAAACAGGACCGACUCCCGAUGCAGAUUGUGGUUUCAGCUAGGAUGCUGCGGUGGGAUCAUCUAUGUCUUCGAUGGCUUGCGAAGAUUAUGAAUGCUGUUCGUGUUCACAAACUGACGAGCCGAAAAUUCCACUAAAACUGCAUACGCACCAUUGGCAAUUUCAAAAAGGUGGUCCACUUCCUUUUUGUUUUUUAAAAAUAUAAAGCAUAGUGCGAGCGCACAUCCGGUAGCGUUUUAGAGAAUGUAUUCCUCUUUCAUCCUCGAGAUUUGAAUUCUUCAUUUUCCCCAGGUUCGAAUUUUUCUCAAAACAUCGCCAUUGUGGAAGGAAUCAUAGACUGCUCGUUUCUGUUCAAAAAUUUCUUUCAUUUUGUUUUCUCCCCACCUUCCUGUUGCAGGCAUCUGUUUGUCAAGAAGAUUUGCUCAAAGGCUUUCCCCUGCACUACUGUUGCCUUAUGGGCGACGUAAAGGGUCUCCAAAACUACCUAUCCAACACCGACCUCAACCCGACCGGUCUUGACAACCUGAACUAUUGGACACCUGCGCACUGGGCUGUUUCUUCCAAUCACGUAUGCCCCUCAUACUGAAAUUGACGUUUUUUUCUAGUUCGAUUGCCUUUUGCAACUAGCACCCUACGGCGCUCUCGAUACUCCCGCUGAACGUUCGCUUGUGACACCUCUACAUCUGGCUGCCGAACAGGGUUUUGCUGACGCUGUCCGUUUACUUCUUGCAAACGCAGCUCGGGUUAACUUACAGGUAUGACUUCAGAUUGCCUCGUUUAUGUCUCCAUAUAGGACUCAUCGGGUGAUACUCCUCUUCACAAAGCCGCUCGCAAAGGCCACAUGGAAUGUAUCAAGGCGUUGCUAAACCAUUCUGCCUGUACAGAGUAAGAUUUACGAAGUGAUGUUGUUCAUUUCCUCUUCUAGUACGCGGAACUUUUAUGGAAGAAGACCGUCAGAACUUUCGGCGAUGGGAGGACACUUUCAAAUUGCUUCCGCCCUCAACGAAGUCACGAGGCUUCAGAGGCUUGAACAUGUUGCCAGCGCUGUCUGUCGUGUUCCACUUUCACCCCUAGGUACCCUAAAUCCCGGAUUCCGCAAUGGAUAUGUAUGUAAGCGUUCAAGAGGUUGUGUUGCAAUGGACUCUCUAGACGACGAUUCAGAUAAGCGCCUGCGACUAUCCGGUAAGUUGUUGGGACAUUUCUUAUUGGUAGGACGUCAGUUGGUUAGUUUAGAUCAGUAAAAGACGUACGAUUUCCCAGUUAAGUUAGUUAACCCCACCACUCAAUCUGAUGCGGCCUUAGAGCUUGUGCAUUUGUGCAGUGCUAAAGGGAUAGUUUGGGACGAACAGCCCGAGCAGAUAAAUCGAUCAUUCUUGCGUUUACUAGCUCCGUUAGCCCUGUCGUCCUACCGCGCACGCCUUAGAGCGUAUGCCUCGAGUGAGAAUAACACAUGUACCCUUCGCCGUCUACAAAAUAUCGUGCUGUAAAUUCGUUUACGUUGUCUAAGGCAGACAGCAUCUACAUUGUUUUACCGGGGGUUCAGAGGCGACAUCGUCGACUUGACCUACCAAACUCUCCUUGCGGACUAUGUGUAGAUGAUGCUGGCCAGAAAUAAGUUUCCGCCGCGUACACAACGUGUUUAGUAUUCACGGAUUUAGUUUGCCAACCAGGGAUCUCUAAUCAGUAUACGUCCAUGAACGCGAUAAUCCGUGUUAUGCAGCCGACAAUGAGGACUGCCAGGUACGUCUCGCCUUCGAGUCUACGUAUCUGCAUGGCCAUACGACGGCUGGACUGAUCGCCGGGGAUAACCGUUUUUCUUAGGGCGACCUAAUCUCAUGUACCGGUAGGUGACCAUUGAACUAUCACUGCUGCAAGCAGACUCGCCGACUGAGGCGAGUUUUUCCAGUCUGCCAUAUGAACUCGGAUGCAUCACAGACAUUCAGACUGGAAUAUUUGGUAAAUAAGCAUCUGCCCUUGCCAGCUGACCUGGUAAUGGGUCGUAGAAAUCGUCGGUUGCGAUUUUGCCUCGAGUGGGUCUUCCGAGCGCUUACUUUUUUCUUGUAACGUCGCUGGACGAGGCUAGUCGGUUUCUUGAGCGCGCCACUGGAGACUACCUUUAACGCCUAUUCUUCGAGCAAACACUCCAACAGGCAGCUUUUUCGUACAGAAACCCAUCGAUUUUCUGACUUCUAAAGACAGCCAGGCGCACUUAGACCAUGGCUAGUCGUAUCCGUUGGCAUUGAUCGUGUCAGCAUCUCCUCACGUCUUGCACUUGUAGAUCCAACCGAGGAAUAUCGAAUUCACAAGGAUUUCAUCGAUCUGACCCCAGCACUUCCCGUCAAGAUACCAAUUAGUGUUUUAGACUUGACGGGAUGAGGUAUUGGUCACGAAGGUAGCUUCGGUCUGCGAAUUCUACUUGUUCAUACAUUUGCAGCUUCCAUAUGAGCCCUUGCAGUCGAUGAUGUACUUUUUGGGGACAUCGACAGACCUGGUUUAGUCGGCAACAACCGACAGAACACGAGGACACCGUUCAACACCGAUUUCUUGGUAGACUAGCGCAGUCCUGAGAGCGUUGCUCGAUGAUCAACUGACUCAAGUUCGAACCUUGGACGCGCUGCCUAGGAUUCGGAAAUUUAACUGGCAGGUGACGGCAGAUAAGCCAGAAAUGGCUAUUCCAGUGCCCCUUUCUUUGUCGACAAGACCUCCCGAUACGAGAACAUACCCUCUUAUCCUCGUCAGGUGGCGUAAGCGACUCGAAACUGGCAUUAGAGUCACCCAAACGUCCUUUGCUCUUUGAUGAGCUUCCUCUCCAAGAAGACCUUACCUGCCUAAGGAGAAGGCCUUCCAAAAUAUUUUCAAGGCCAUUGUAGCAGGCAGAGGUAGCUUUUACCGGUUUUAGGUAUAUCGCAUAAAAUCUGAGUUGCGAAUUGAACUUUAUUAAAGUUAACCAUGUGCAUCCUCCGACAUCGGUUGCCCGAUUAUGGGAACGAUUGCGUCAGCGGCCAUAAAACUUGUUCGAUUUUCGCCUGCACCACUACAUCUGGAUCGCAGCAUUCAGCUGCGGCAGACGCCCCAACAUAAUUGAAAGUACUGUAGUAAUUCGCUGGUUCCCUUGCUUUAAAUGCAUUCAAUAGCAAAUCGUCGCUUACUACCUGAACCGAGGUUAUCCGCGUUUGUGCUUAUGAGAGACGCAGGCAGAUUUGAGGGCAGAUUUGCUGUCACUGCACAAAUUCGCACGUUCUAAGUUCCCAGAUCUGCACUUGUGCGCACAGCCCAGAAUACACAUGUACCUGUCCUCUAGUGUGUAUCCUGCCAAAUUUCCGACUCACUCUCUCGUGAACUGCAAAAGUCGCAGUGGAAAAUUGUUCAUCUGUCCGUAAGAUCGUAUGCCUGCCUGUACAGGUAGCUUAGUUCUACCUGUGGCCAUCGAUUUGUCGCCUUGUAGCCGUCCAAGUCGCCAAUUUACCAGUGCUAGCGUAGGUAAGACUAAGUCGAGCAGUUCAUGUCGCAUGCCUUUCUCUCUCUAACAUUAAAAAUUUAACGUUAACUUUGAAUGCAGCGUUUGCAGCCCCUUCCCCUGUCCUCGCAUCCUCGUCAGGACUCGCUCAAAGAGGACUACAAGUUGCACUUUGCCCUUCAUGGGCUCCGGAAAUCAGAUCCCGUUUGCCUUAAAUGGGGGAUUGGUGGAUAAUCAACCGUUUGGAGCCUAGCCACAUGCUGGCUAACAAAGGAGGAAGAGGUGGAGGUGCAUUUUAAGACAUUCGUUUUUUAGUUUUGGUAUGUUGAAAAAAGUGAAUUGUCCCAGCGUCACUGGAGAGUACUCUCCACUCAGGGGACCAUGAGUCCUAUUCUACAGUUAGAGGAGAUUUUGUGCCCUGAUCAUGGGCGUUAGUAUUGCCAUCCGGCUACACCCGUCACAUUGACCACAAUUCGUCUGGAGGUAGCAGUUGCAGUUCGCAAGUCACUGUCGGGAUUCCUUGCACACAUGUACUUCAUCCGGGUUCCCGAACGCAGUUCUAAGCAACUUACAAGCUUGAAAAAUGUACGUGAACUCAUCACGGACUUGUUUAAUUGCAGAAAUGACAAUCUAAUCAUAUAGAAACGGCCAUGCAGUUGUUUUUGAGAUUGUGUGCUGUAGCUAUAUAGCGCCCUCUGCACCGUUUUUGUUCGUAGGUCGACUUUGUACUGGUGAUCUGUAAGUCAUUCGUCCUAGAUCCGAUGACCUAUGGAUCACAUCUACUUUUCUAUGCCAGCCCUACGAGUUCAGUACGACUGCGAGCCAUCGGUUUGAGGGGGCAAGGGCGGCGGUGACGGCGACGGCAAUUUGCACUGAGGUUCUUUAAACCGAGAGCUCCGAUGCGCCGUUCAGCGACCCAAGACGCUGCAUACAUGGCACACCUGAGGCUUAUCAGGGAACUGCCACGUCUCUGCUUCGAACUUCCACAGAGAUAUUUUGAACGGUGGAUUCUGUCAGUCUACGCCUCAGUGAGGAUCCGGCUCCCUUGAGACCUUAACUGACGUUGCGUGUGCCCUCCGUGCAUGUAACAUCCCUCCCUCCGCGGGUUACAAUCGCAUUUCCUAUUAUGUAACUUCUUGUUCUCGUACAAGCCCCGGUCUUCGAACAGUAGCAAGUAUCUGUUUCCUCCGUGAGAAUUCCGAUCAGACUGACCUAAGUGUGUCGGACGUGUCCUGACCUGCGUUGUACCCUGCACAGUCCACUUUGUGGUUGCGGGGUUGUGUGCGAUGAGUCACCUCGAUAUUGCCGUGCUGAACCUCUGUUCACAUAGGUACGCAAGGCGAAGCGCUCCGUUCGCUUGCCUUCAAGUAAUUCACUAGGUAUUAGUGUGUGUGACGAUUAUUUUACUUAAUUUCAAUUUCCGCCCCCGACAACAAAGGUGGUUCCGGCCUCGUAAUUUUAGACGCGCGAACCUUUUGUUGUCUAAUUUCUCUAUCCCUUCCGCGUCCCUCUCUGCCUGCCUCUCUUGUUGUUUCACUCUUAGUCCCAUCUCUCUCACCCCUUGCUAAUGUGCGUCGCAACCCAUGCGCACGCACAGACAGAGGACAUGCUGCAGCACUAGACGAGGGAAUAUGGCGUUGCACACAUUCCUGCCCCCCUGAAACUCUGAGGCAGUCACGCUCUAGAGCCCUGCGCUCCUCCAUCGCUGCGCAUAGACUUCCACCAACCCAUGCGCUGAGGCAUACUAUCGACCCCGGUAGACGAGAUACAACACCCAGACGGGUUCCGCGUCAUACAGACACAUGCAGGCGCGCGUACAGCACGCGAACGGAACGCUAUGGCCUGGCAAACGACGCGCGCGCCAGAGCGACGUUCGCGCACAGCAGCUAUUCUUACUGCAUUUCUCACAGGCAGACAGCAACAACGCGCUCGAUUUGUUAACGGGCUUUGGAUAGUGAGAAAACGCUGCCGCCACCACCGUCUUCCUGCCCCCUUCUCACCGGUCGGUUGGCGUUGGUAAGAUCGUGGUAAAAACACGAAACGCGUACAUUCUAAUCUGCUUAAAAAGUAUCGUACUAAUCGCACGUACACGUGCAUACACAGUAGCUGUGCGCCAGUUGCCUAGGCAUGGUGCUGUAGCCAACCCCUCCUCUCCCCUUCCCCUCCUCCCCCUCCACACUCUCAUCCCACCUUUUCUGCGGCGCCUGCGUGCAGUGCCUGGGAGGUAGCUCAAGUGUGUGCCGCUCUAGGACCUCCACUUGCCAGUAGUAUUCUGGGAUCAGGACCAAAUUUAAUAUAUCAAAACUGGGCUACUUGGCCCCAGUCCUUCCAGAUUAUGCCGACUCCCUCUAAACUGAAACUCAUUGAUUGGCUAUGAUCGGACCUCUAGGUUUUGAAGCUUACUCUGACGGACGAGAGUUGAACACAACUCAGCGUUUUGCCGGCUUGCGUGCAAUCCGACAUGUUUCCCUUUGUCCCAUCAUUGCAGGAAAUAACUAGCGACAAUUCCUGCUUAGGUCAAAUGUCGCCGGACGCUCCGAGUGAGUCGCAUUAGUUUGUGCACUGGUUGGCUUUCGACCAAGCCUCGGAAUCUUAGACAUUUUUACGAGUCUACCAAAAACGACGCUAGACGACGGCGCCUGUUGGUUGAAGUCAAGAGAACACUGCACUACGUCAUUUUUUGUAUCUCAAUAAUAUCUGACUUUGGAAAACGGAAUCCAGCAUUCAUUCUCUUGGUCUCGAGAAUUGUUUGAAAAGGAACCGACGUAACACGUUCUUCGUUGAUUCCACUCCAGAUUCUUUAAUUAAUAAGAUAGGGCAAAGCUUAUUCGUGGAACCCUGCUUGACCUGCCUUCGUCAAUUGUUCGGAUUCGGUCAUAACUUACAGAAGUCGUCAUGUAAAUGUCUAUGUUAUGACCUUGUUGGCUAGCAAAACCAACCAAGACACUUGGUGUACAGCCACGUUGGAGUCCUUGUGGACCAUUCUAAACCACCGAGGUUCGCAAGUUUUGCAGCACUUAAGUACGCCAAAUAGGACGGCCGUCGCAUCCCAUGUCGGACCUUCGUAGUUUACACUCAUUGCCUAGUUUUCACUGACCUUGAGAAAAAUGGCUUGAUCGGGUGCUUUUGGAAUUCCUAACCAAGCCGGUGAAAUUCCACUCGCUAAACUGUUCUUUACUCUGCCCGCCCUAACUGCAGAUGAUGUCACGUCAAGCAGAAUCCCAUGUCCUCAAGCGUUUCUACUGGGUCAAGGUUUGACGUCCGACCACAAUCGCUUUCCACACGUGACCUCCUCGCUGAUCAUUUCGGCCAAACCGCCAACCUGACGGUAAUCUUAAAUCGAACCACCACGAGAAACCAGCACUUGCGUGCGACAGCGGUGUUAAACAGAUGCGGAUAUUGUCGGCCAUUGUCUGCCCGUUAAGGAGAACAUCGAGCCUCAUUUUUCAUAUGCGCGUUUGUCUCGUUUAGAGACUAAUUAGACUGCACGUGGUCGGCACUGUUACUGACGCUGAAAAUGAGCUGCUUACCUCCUCUGAGUCAGAAACCCAUUGGCUAGCUAUAACUGCACCUCUAGAUUACGACGCCUGUUCUAAAUGGUCGACGUUUGACCCAACCCAGCGUUUCGCUGGCCCCCUGCGCGUUUUGUUGUGUUCCCGUAUUGUCCGUCUAGCUGGUAUUUCUCUGAUUCGAUGAAAUCUCCCUCAGGCUGCUUACUAUGCGGACUGCACAGUAAUCACCCAUUCCUCGCAGUCUGAGUGGACCGCAUGCGAUUUACCGGACAUAUUACUGGAACGGCGGUGCCACGCUUAGUCUGCUGGCUCGUAUUCAGCGUAAUGUAGAAGGAGGGGGUCUUUGCUAUUUUGGACCGAUACGUAGCUGUCCGUUCGUGUGCCAUUUCCAGCCAGUCACUUCCGCAGGCGCCGUUCCCUCCCGCCUCCCCUUCCUCACAUGCCUUGAGUUCCGGGUGUUCCCUUCUCCUUUCUUGAACCACUUCAAAUCCGCAUUGAUUACUUUCCUUCCUUUCCCCUACAUUCUGUAUUGGUCGGGCUCAGGAUCGUAUAUUUUCGAGUAACGGAGUGAAAAGAUUGUUCCGCGAUGUUGGUUAACUUUUCUUUUUAUGGUAUCUCAUGGACUAUGAACUGAGAGCUGAAGGCAUUUCCAGCUUUUCUGGCUAAUGUCCAGGUCUUUGCGUGUGAUCAUCACGACAUGUCUCCGUCCGAACAGCUAUGUCGACUACUCAGUAGAUUUCCUCUGUCAAUAAUGCGUUCGUUCACUCGGUAUCUCAUGUUAUGUCCCUGAAACAAAAUAGCCUGGUGAAACAGGACCCGAGCCACACCUUGGCAAAGCCAACUUGACUUGUACUUACGCGUCCUUGCUACGGAUACGAUCAUGCCUGAUCUAGCCGGCCUCGAUGAUGUCCCGAGCUGUGCCUCCAUGCGUGACGAUCCGCGACGGCAGAUCUGGAUAGUUCAACCCACUCUCUUCGCCAACGACGGAGACCGAAUACCGAAAGUCCAAGAACCAUCUCCAUGUGUUGACGAACUGUGUCGGGCCAGGUUUUGAGUUGGCUCCCCUUUCAACGCCGCUAAUGGGAUAUCGGUGCUGGAUCGAGAGUAGUAACACUAAGCUCCUGAGGUAGACGACGAAGAACAUGCUCAAACCAGCUCAGUCGCCUUUCUUGGAUGACUUGGGCUAUCCUUGCGAUGUCGCCGCAGCGAGUGCGGACUGUGUCAUUUAAGACGAAGUUGAUGUACUUCACUCGAAGAAUGGUCUCAAGCAGUUGUGGUCAGAUACCCCCAGUUUUCGCCAAUCCUCCAUGCGCACAGCUCAGGAUUCACAACCAUAGAGGAGGACAGACCGGACAGAUGCACGGUACACUCCAAUCUUAGUGGCAAUGGAGAUGUCGCGUCAAAUCCAUAGGCAUUUUCUAAGGCUUGAGAAAAGUCCGCGGGCAUCAUCAAAUCGGGAGACAACGUCGUCCUUUGCCUCGCCCCGAGGUAUCUAAAACUGUCUACUUCUUGAAGUUGACAGCCAUCAAUCUCGAGAGAUGCCCUCUCCUGGUCAGGGGUGCAGCUUGAGAAUACCUUGGUAUUCGCAGCGUUUAUAGAUAAACCGACCGAUUUGGCGACCCCGUUCUCUCGUGACAUCAUAGACUACAGAUCACCAAAACUCGACACAUAACUUCGGGAUUUGUGAGUGACGACGGCAUGAAAUGCACUCCUGCGUACUGAACUUGAAAACGCGAUGGACAAGCGUACUUUCUGCUGACUUGGGAUUCCCAUAAAACAACUAAAGUAGACACGGCGUUGUGUCAUCUCGGCUGCUGUCAAGAACUGAGGCCGUGAAUGUGUUCCUGGCCAACCGAAGAAGCUGCUGCCUAGCUAAUAAUGUCUGCUGGACUUAUUUCAAUUGAGGCGUUUUGCAAAGUUGCGCCAACUUUGGCAAUUACUGUGUGGUUUUAUGUCCUUUGCGUUCGUCUUAGUACUGUGGGCUGACUGUUCCCUUAAUGGCAUUUAGGCACGGUAACAUCUCAGCGUUGCUUCUGGGCGAUUAUUCGUCCCACAUCCAAAGUACGGUAGAAACUUUGGGCAAGUAGAUGUUUCCUACUCAGUAAAACACGAAGCUUUAACAAACGCCUUCUGGCCGCGUACACAUUUGUGCCAGCAUCCUUUGGAAGCAACACCCCCGUUGCCGAUACCAGUUAAUCCUGCCAGAUGGGUGUACAGUUUGGGACGUUUUUAGUUUCGGUUCUGCCAUUUGAAUCACAACUAGCUAGUGGACAACGCCUGUGGGCUGCAUUGCUGGCUGCCAUUGGAAUAGUAGGGCGCAUGGUGUCAUGAUUUUUUAAACCUGGUCUAGAUGCGAUAUAUGUGGACUGACUAGUUCAUCUGGACGGAGUCAUAAUCACUGUUUCCGGGAGAGCCUUUCUCCCUGUUCACAAUAGACGUCCGGAGUCUUUGCAGUUUUGCCGUCUUUAAAUCAAAAAAGCAGUCGACCAGAACUGCUCAACUGUGUAUUCCUGCUUCGCCGAGUUCACUGCACACACGCAAAACGGCAUGCCUCGGAGCUAUGCUAAAACGAUGCUUCUCUAGAUAUCGCAUACAUGGUCCAACUCACGCGUUCUAGCCCAAUUGGAUAGCUUCUCAGAGUUUUCGUUUCAUCGAAAGAUUAUCUGGCCGAUUCUGGGGGCGCCUUUUGCAUAUAGCCUGAUGCCUUGACCGUACAACCUUCCUACUAUGUCCCUACUUUGCCCUCGACCCUUCUUCGCCCCCUUCCCUCUCCUGGCUACAACACCAUCUUGUUAAUCACGUCACUGUUUUGCUCGAUCAGGAGUAGCCGUUCGAAAUUACUUAUAUUUUGCCAACCUCAUAGCCAGCGCAUUGACCCUUUCUUUGCCUUCUCCGUCCUAUCCAGACCCAGUCAUGCAAAUCGCCGCAGACAUGAUCGGUCAAAAGAAUCCCGGCUGGCGGGAUGAGAUCCAGUCCAGCCUCCUGGAACACGCUGCCGCUGUGCGAAUGGCGGAGGCCUACGAGGAGUACUACUCACUUUGUCCCCCCAGAGAUACUGCCCCACACCAUUAG